CAGGUUGUUACAGAAGCAGUCAAACAGGGGUUAAACCCUCUAGAGAACAGAACAUCAAGCCGCCUCCACACUAACUGGAAUUUUGGCAGUGCCUUCUUUUUCGCUGGAACAGUGGUUACCACUAUAGGCUAUGGAACAAUUGCCCCCAGAACGGCAGGUGGACAGAUGUUCUGUGUGGUCUAUGCACUAUUUGGAAUCCCCUUUAAUAUCAUUGUUCUCAGUCAAGUUGGUAAAAAUCUCUCCCUCUGGUGUAAACAAUUUGGAAAGUGUUUGGUCAAAAAAGGAAUGAAAAAGAGAAUGGCAAAGGUCGUGACAAUCAUAUUUUUCCUUGUGAUGGGAAUUAUCGUAUUUCUUGGAAUUCCACCCCUGGUAUUUAUAAACACUGAGUGUUGGACGUAUGGGGAAGGAGUGUAUUAUGCCUUCAUUUCACUGAGCACCAUCGGAUUUGGGGAUUUCGUAGUAGGAUCUGAAAGGUGCACUCAUCCAUUUGAAGGGUUCCGUGCCUUGGUGUAUUUCUGGAUCAUAUUUGGUCUUGCAUGGCUUUCUCUGCUGAUUAACCUGCUGAUUUCACUUUUAGAGGAUACCGAAAAGAAAAUAGCUAAAGAUCUACAAAAGAAAUUACAACACAGGAAGGAAAGAAGCCAGGAGACAGCUUUAAAACAGGAGGUCCAAAAGUCUGUACCCAAACAUGAAACCAGUGUAAUUUGA